GCCAGGGGUCACGUAGCCGUCUGCGCGGGCGAGCAGAGUUGGCGAGACUCUUUAGUACUGUGCUGCUCCGGCGGAAGUUGGGACAGUCGCAGUUGCGUUGAGGACCUUGGGUGAGACGCCCAUCCCGUUUCUUGCGUACACAGGCUGGAGUUUCCAUCCGGCGAGUGAGAGAGGUGGCAGGAGAGUUGUUGUACACAGGGGUUACCCGACUUGCUGCUUUGCGCUCCUGCACGCCGGGAGUCGGUCUUCCCGUGACUCCGCCGGACAGCCGCCGGGUGGGGGUAUAUCAUGAAUCCCAGUAUGAAGCAGAAACAAGAAGGAAUCCAUGAGAAUGUAAAGAAUAGUCCUGUCCCGAGAAGAACUCUGAAGAUGAUUCAGCCUUCUGCAGAUGGAUCUCUUGUUGGAAGAGAAAACGAAUUGGUUAAAGGCUUGUCCAAAAUGAAACGCAGGAGUGACCAGUUACCAUCUAAGACUUCCAACUCUGGAGUUGUUGUUGUCCCAGAACAUAGUGAAAAUAAAAAUCUUGGAGGAGUUACUCAAGAAGCAUUUGAUCUUAUGAUUACAGAAAAUCCAUCCUCUCAGUAUUGGAAAGAAUUGGCAGAACAACGAAGGAAGGCUCUCUACGAAGCACUAAAGGAAAAUGAGAAACUUCAUAAAGAAAUUGAACAAAAGGACAAUGAAAUUGCCUGCCUAAAAAAGGAGAAUAAAGAAUUGGCAGAAGUAGCUGAACAUGUACAGUAUAUGGCAGAGGUCAUAGAGAGACUGAAAGGUGAACCUCUGGAUAACUUUGAAUCACCGGAUAGUCAGGAAUUUGAUUCUGAAGAAGAAGAUGGAGAGCAUUCUACAGUGGAAAACUCAGAAAUUGGUACAUGUGCUGAAGAAAUUGUAUCAUCCUCUACAGAUGUGAAACCAUGUAUAUGAAAUUCAUUGAUAUUUGAUUCUUGAGAAAUAUACUGCCAAAGUUUACCUCUACUAUAGUUCUUUGUAGCAGAGCAAAUAUAUAAUGCAGCUGUGAAAUCAAACUUCCUUGUUUGAAUUCUUGGAUCCUAUUAUUGUAUUAAAAUACAAAUACUAUGUAUUUUUAAUCUUAUGAUAUUUUCUGUAAAUAGCAUUUUCUCAGAUGUCAGACAUAACUUGUGUAAAUGAUAAAUAAACUUUAGUCUCCUAUUGA